UCAAUAGGAGACAGCAUGUGUGUGGGAUGUCCUAACUCCUGAAAGCUUCUUUGUCAUAAUCAACAAAGCUGCAGUGUAGAUUUUGCUAUUCAAUAGCUACUUUGCUUAGUUUGCUGCUAGCAAUACCAGCUGACUGUGUAUCAUCAAUAAUAAUAGUAUAAUAGUAAAAUGGAUGGAUUUCACUCUGGCUGGUUCUUUGAGAAUGAAGAUGGGAUGACAGUGGCAAUAGAAGUAGAUGAAAUACUAUGCGAAGAGAAAACCAAAUAUAAUGACAUUAAAAUCUUCAAAAGCACUAAAUUUGGUAAUGUAUUGGUCCUGGAUGGUGUCAUACAGUGCACUGAUAGAGAUGAAUUUGCAUAUCAUGAAAUGAUGGCUCACUUACCAUUGUUCUCUCAUCCAAAUCCAAAAAAAGUCCUUAUAAUAGGAGGUGGAGAUGGUGGUGUUUUGAAGGAGGUUAACAAGCACUCAAGUAUAGAGGAGAUUCAUGUAUGCAUCAAUGAUGAGCGUUUAAUUGAACUUGCAAAGCAAUACUUGCCAAAACUUUCUGUGGGCUAUAAGUCAUCGAAAGUUGCUGUUAAUAUUGAAGAUAAUGUGGAGCAAUUUCUUGAGAAAAAUACGCAAAGUUAUGAUGUUGUCAUAGUUGAUAGCAUAGGAGGUCAUAAUAAUGAGAUCUUGAAGAAACCUUUUUAUGAAAAGUUAAACAAAUCAUUGAAGAACAAUAAUGGGAUUGUAUGUGCAUUUGCUGGUUGUGUAUGGACUGAUGCCGGGCAUAUAAAAGAGUUAAAAAACACAUUUCACUCAAUAUUUCCUUCUGUUUGCUAUGCAUUUGGUCUAGUAGUAUCUUGCUUUGUUGGAGGUCAGGUUGGAUUCUUGUUGGGCAGCAAAGAAAAGGAGACAAACUUUGAAGAGCCACCUCGAGUAAUAAAGGAAGAAGAUGUAAAAGAGAUGAAUUUGAAGUUUUAUAAUAAGGAAACUCAUGAGGCAUGUUUUGUCUUGCCUCAAUUCAUUAAAGAAGAGCUUCAAAACUAAUUAUUAUUUCUUUAUUGUACCACUAUCUGAAUUCUUUUGAAUUGUUGAGUCUAAAUAGUUACAA